AACUGACAUUUGAAAAUGCGUAUGCUGUGAAAAAGGAAACUGCCCAGCCAAAACAGAAAAAGGCACAGUCGCACACAAGUGAUUUGGCCAAACUUCUCUGGGGAGAAGAGGUUGAAGACACCCAGCAGAGUAUCCUGGACACCCCACAUAUCGUUAUGUAUCUCACGUUGCAGCUUGAUUCGGAAACAUCCAAGGAUGAGCAGGAAAUUAUUUAUCAUUAUCCAAUGUCUGAAGCAUCUCAGAAACUUAAACGUGUGAGAGGGAUUUUUCUCACACUCUGUGACAUGCUGGAAAAUGUAACUGGGACACAAGUAACUAGCUCAUCCCUUCUUUUAGAUGGAAAACAAAUCCAUGUGGCUUAUUGGAAAGACUCUGACAAGCUGCUAUUAAUCGGCCUGCCUGCUGAAGAAGUUCCUCUUCCUCGGCUAAGGAAUAUGAUGGGAGACGUUGCCCAUACCUUAAAAUUUAUGCAUGGUUCUCUAGAUAGCGCCUUCUGCCAGGCUGAGAAUGCCCCUCGUUUGGAUCACUUUUUCAGCUUGUUCUUUCAAAGAGCACUUCAGCCUGCUCGGCUCCAUCCUAGCGCCAGUCCCAGUGUUCAGCAGUAUGAUGCUUCCAGCGCGGUGCUUCUAGACAACCUCCCUGGAGUUCGGUGGCUCACGCUUCCCCCCGAAAUCAAGAUGGAAUUAGACACGGCAUUAAGUGAUUUGGAGGCCGCAGACUUUGCAGAACUGUCUGAGGAUUACUAUGACAUGAGGCGACUGUAUACAAUUUUGGGAGCUUCUCUAUUUUACAAGGGCUAUUUGAUAUGCAGUCAUUUGCCUAAGGAUGACCUCAUUGACAUAGCUGCCUACUGUCGCCACUACUGCCUGCUGCCCUUAGCAGCAAAGCAGAGAAUCGGGCAGCUGAUAAUGUGGAGGGAGGUGUUUCCUCAGCAUCACCUCCAGCCUCCUGCAGAUGCAAACACUGAAGUCUUUCAGGAAGCCGAAGGGAGAUAUUUUUUGCUAAUUGUCGGCUUGAGAUAUUACAUGUUGUGUGUACUCUUAGAAGCUGGAGGCUGCGCAUCCAAAGCUGUCGGGAAUCCUGGACCAGACUGUGUGUACGUGGAUCAGGUCAAAGCCACCCUGUACCAGCUGCAAGGGGUAGACUCCCGCAUAGAGGACCGUCUGGCGACUUCUCCAACUCCCUGUUUAUCCUGUGCUGACUGGUUCCUGGCUGGGCCACGGGAAAAAACAGAGGGUGUGACCACUUCACCUAUUCUCAGCAGGUUACAAGGUACUUCCAGGGCUACAGCCUCGCCCAAAUGCAAAAGGACUCUUUUUGGUGACUAUCCCUUAAGGGUGCGUAAACCCAGUCCGCCUCGAAGCAGUGGAGGAUCUGACGGUGCGUGUGCUGGUGGAGACGGCGGGGGCCUUAGCCCGCAGACUACACCGGAGGCAGUGCGGAGGCAAAGAGAGUCUCAGGGCUCUGAUGGGUCAGAAGACAGCGGGGCCUUGCUUCAGGUCACUAAAAAGAAAUCUACUCUUCCAAAUCCAUUUCAUUUAGGAAACUUGAAAAAGGACCUUCCAGAAAAAGAAUUGGAACUUUAUAACACAAUGAAACUGACUUCUGGUCCUGAGAACACGCUUUUCCAUUACGUUGCCUUGGAAACCCUGCAGGGAAUCGUCAUCACUCCGACCCAUGAAGAGGUGGCUCAGCUGAGUGGCUCUAUCCACCCGCAGCUCAUAAGGAAUUUCCAUCAGUGUUGCCUUUCCAUUCGUGCAAUUUUCCAGCAGACACUGGUGGAAGAGAAAAAGAAAGUACCAAGUGGUGGAGACCAUUCAGAGUCUACAAAAUCAGUGUCUUCUCUUAACCCCGUGAAAGAACAUGGUGUGUUGUUUGAAUGCUCGCCUGAAAACUGGACUGAUCAGAGAAAAGCUCCACCGGUUGUGGCUUACUGGGUAGUAGGGAGACUCUUUCUUCAUCCCAAACCUCAAGAACUCUACGUGUGUUUUCAUGACUCCGUCACCGAAAUUGCCAUUGAAAUGGCUUUUAAACUGUUCUUUGGGUUAACCUUGUAGCUGGGUUUUCUCAAUGCGUAGAAGCAUGUGUGUAGAGAUCAAACAGCGUUAAAAGCACUGAAACUGAUAUACAAAGAGAUCUGUUGAGCUUCUUUUCACCUUUCAGUAUUGAAUAUGUUAAAUAUUGAGAUGAAAUGCUGUUUGGGUUUGAUACGUUAAAUCUCAGUCUAAUAUCAUGAGACUUUUGAGAAGAUACUUGAUCAAAAUAUGAAAGAAGGGAUUGUUAAUUUAUUGCUCUUUUGGUAUAUAGUGUUAAUUUAUUGAUUAGCGUGAAAUGUGAAGUGUUUUUAUAUAAAAUUAAUAUAGGAAAUGUUUAUU